UAAUAAAGCCUCCCUUGCUAGCCUUCAAGUAUUUAUGAACUUCUCACUCCGGACCAGCAGGUGUCGAUAUCCUGCCGCGCUGUGGUUUCGCCGAGCGUGAUGACGUAUCCCUGCGGAGGGGGCGGGGCUACGUGCGGCUGGGCUAGCUCGCGCAGUAGAGUCCGGAGCAGAUCAGCGGAGAGGAUCAGGUGCAGCGUCACAGAUUUUCCUCAUCAGUACCUGGAGAGGUCCUUACCUCCAACCGACAAUGACUGAUACGAAGCGUCUUGCGUUCUCCAUUAUACACUUCCUCCACGACCAGCUGACAUCUGGGGGCUUGUCAUCAGAUGCUCAAGAAAGUUUAGAAGUUGCCAUCCAGUGUCUGGAGACUGCGUUCAGUGUCUCAUCUGAGGACCAGACUUUAGCAGUUUCUGAGACUUUGCCGGAAUUAUUCGCAGCAGCAACUGUUAAGGUAACAGAUACGCCUCAGGUUAAAGUCACCUCAGAUAAUAGUUCUCCUACAGAGGAUCAGCUGGCGGAGGCAGAGCAGCUGAAAAGUGACGGUAAUGAACAAAUGAAGGUGGAGAACUUUAGUGCCGCAGUGGAAUUCUACUCAAAAGCCAUUCAGAUUAAUCCUCACAACGCAGUUUACUUUUGUAACAGAGCCGCUGCCUACAGUAAACUGGGGAACUACGCUGGAGCGGUUCAGGACUGUGAGUGUGCCAUCGGAAUCGAUCCCAACUACAGUAAAGCGUAUGGACGGAUGGGACUGGCCCUGUCGAGUCUGAACAAGCACACCGAGGCUGUAGGCUACUACAAGAAAGCUCUGGAACUGGACCCCGAGAACGAUACGUACAAAUCAAAUUUAAAAAUUGCUGAGCAGAAAAUGAAAGAAACUCCAAGUCCAACAGGUGGAACGGGAGGCGUUGACCUGGCGGGUCUGCUCAGUAAUCCCGGGUUCAUGAGCAUGGCUUCUAAUCUGAUGAAUAACCCACAAGUACAACAGCUUGUGUCAGGGAUGAUGUCUGGAUCUUAUGGGCCAAUGGGAAACACCGCAGCGCCACCCACAGGGCCUCCAAAUGACAUAUCAGGACUUAUUCAAGCUGGUCAGCAGUUUGCACAGCAAAUGCAGCAGCAGAACCCUGAACUGAUCGAGCAGUUACGGAGUCAGAUCCGGAGCCGACCCCCGAGUGCCAGUAACGAAGAACAAUGACAUCGAAGCAAAUCAUGGUGAGGAACACAGAGAAGACCGGCUCGCUUGUUUUUUUUUUUUUUUGUUUUUGUUUUUUUGUAUAUUCUUUUUAAGAUCUGUUCUAUUACAACUCCAGGGACUAUAAACCAGUCUGACGUCACACGGAGCAUGCGUGCCCAGCCGUCCUCCUCCCUGCAUCGCCUCUCUCCGAAGAAACCAAUGUAGCCAAAAAAUACAUUUUCAAGGUCGUAUCUGGCCACCUAGAUGCUGAGAAGCCUGUCCAGAUGUACAGAAGCAUCACCCUGGUUUAAUUCUCCUCAUUUCUGUGUAACUAAUACUUGCUGAUGGGUUGUCAUUGAACACACAUCUCUUCGUGGACUGGGUCAACACACGAUCAUUUCCAUUCUGCAGUAACAAGCUGUCUUUGUGUGAGCAGAAGAGUUUGUAAACGAUAUGUACACUGUUGAUAUGGAAAUUAAAUGUCAGAUUUCAAGUAGGA